UUACAGUAAUACUGUGGUGAGCAUUUUUUCCAUUCUUGUUUGUAAAUUUGUAAUUUGUAAAUUCAUAAUUAUUAUUCUUAUAAAUAAUCGAACACUUUAUCAAGAUUUAUUAAUUUAGUUGACUUAUAUUAACGCUAUAUUUGCUUUACUUUUACUAUUAUUGUUUGUAUUACGAAUUUCCUCAUCAAACAUGGGUGCUAACAGCGAUGAACAAAACAGACAAUUAUUCAUUGGUGGUUUAAACUUCCAGACAACAAAUAAAUCACUUGAAGACUUUUUUGGGCAAUGGGGUGAAGUUGAAGCAGCUGUUGUCAAGAAAUACCCACAAACAAAACAAUCUCGGGGAUUUGGAUUUGUUACCUAUUCUCAAUCCUAUAUGGUUGAUCAGGCUAUGUCAAAUAUGCCUCAUAAAAUAGAUGGUCAUGAUGUGGAAAUCAAACGUUGCAUAACUCGUAAAAUAAUUAAUAAACCUGUUAAUGGAAAAGGAAUUUUUAUUUCUGGUAUAAAUGACCAAUCAGAAAAAGACCUUCUUCUACAUUUUGGACAAUUUGGCAAUAUCAAUAAUGUCAAAAUAAUAAAAAAUUCAGUUCAAAGCAAAGCUUAUGGAUUUGUUAAUUAUUAUGAAACAGAUUCAGUUUACAAAGCUCUUAAGAACAGAACACACCUUGUUGCUGGAAAGGAAUUGAAAGUGAAUGAAGCUUUUAAACGUAAUGACAGUGCUGGUGGUGAUCAAAGUGAUAGUAAUGGAAAUAUGCAGAGAGGAAUUUCACAAAACAAAAUAAUGGAAAGAUACUAUGAUAGACCAACUGAUGUCGAUUUUAAAAAUUAUAGCAAUGGUAAGUCUGGAAGUAAUACAGAUACCUUAAAAUAUUAUGGAACUCCUCAAACUUGGAGUAGCAAUUAUCCAGAAUAUGUCAACCAAGGAGGUGGAAGUUAUAGUUGGCACACUUCUGAACAACCUAAUUACAACAAUCAAAGUUAUAGUGGAUGUGGACAGAAUAAAUCAUAUUAUACUUCUAACAAUCAUGAUACAUUUUAUAGCAACUCAGGCACAAGAAAUAAAGAUAUUAGCCAUUCUCCCCUGUAUAUUACUGGUCAACAAUUUAUCGAUAAAUAUAGUUCAAACUUUAUCAACAAGUAAGAUCUAAAGAGGCAUCUAAUCAGUACAAGCAAAACUAAGAAACUCAUCUCAAACCAACCAUGAAUAAAUAAUUAUGAUACAUG